GCUAUAUUAUCCAUAAUACCAUGUGACACUCGGUGCUGAAACCGCACGCUUUUCGUCAGCGCUUAUUACACCAAGAUAUGUCCACCUUUUAGGACACGGAGAAGGCGAGAACGAUACCAUGACGACUCCAUCUGUAUUUGGCACCGACUGAUCUGAGAGAGGACAGGAAAUGGGGAUUUUGCUUUUCUUUCUUUUCGCACUUCUUAUAGACACCAAAAGGCUUACAAGGCUAGUAACACUGGUGCAUGCUCAGUCUAAUGAGCGUCGGGUCCUGGCCCACAUGCCUGGUGACAUUACCAUUGGGGCACUUUUCUCUGUGCACCAUCAACCACCAGCAGACAAGGUCCAUGAGCGAAAAUGUGGUGCUGUGCGAGAGCAGUAUGGCAUCCAGCGUGUGGAGGCUAUGAUGCACACUCUUGAUCGCAUCAAUGCUGACCCCAACAUUCUACCCAACAUUACACUGGGUUGUGAGAUCCGAGACUCAUGUUGGCACUCAGCAGUGGCACUGGAACAAAGCAUAGAGUUUAUCCGGGACACCCUGGUUUCCACUGAGGAAGAGGAGAGCAUGUCCAGAUGUUCAGCUGGUGGAGGCACACCCAUGAAAGGGAAGAAACCCAUAGUGGGGCUCAUUGGGCCUGGCUCCAGCUCAGUGGCCAUCCAGGUGCAAAACCUUCUUCAGCUUUUCAACAUACCCCAAAUUGCCUACUCAGCCACCAGUAUGGAUCUCAGUGAUAAGUCCUUGUAUAAGUAUUUCAUGAGGGUGGUUCCAUCAGAUGCUCAGCAGGCCAGGGCAAUGGUGGACAUCGUUAAACGAUACAACUGGACUUAUGUGUCAGCUAUACACACAGAGGGAAACUAUGGCGAGAGCGGGAUGGAGGCAUUCAAAGAAAUGGCAGCCAAAGAGGGCAUCUGUAUUGCACAUUCAGAUAAGAUCUACAGUAACGCCGGAGAGCAGAGCUUUGACCGACUGUUGGAAAAACUGCGCAGUCAUCUGCCCAAAGCACGCGUGGUGGCAUGCUUCUGCGAGGGCAUGACUGUGCGUGGGAUUCUCAAAGCCAUGAGACGACGUCGACUAGUGGGAGAGUUCCUUUUGGUUGGCAGUGAUGGCUGGGCCGAUCGGUAUGAUGUGACAGAUGGAUAUCAGAAAGAAGCGGCUGGAGGCAUCACCAUCAAGCUGCAGUCUGCUUAUGUCACCUGGUUUGAUGAUUACUACCUGAAUCUGCAGCCAGACACGAACCAUCGCAACCCCUGGUUCGUUGAAUUUUGGCAACAUCGCUUCCAGUGCCGACUCAAGGGCCACCCACAGGAGAACACGAAAUACAACCGCACCUGCACCAAGAAAGAGUCUCUCCGGAUCCACUAUGCUCAAGACACUAAGAUGGGCUUUGUCAUCAAUGCCAUCUACAGCAUGGCUUAUGGUCUACACGCCAUGCAGAAAUCACUGUGUCCUGGCUAUGCUGGUCUGUGUGAAUCAAUGAGGCCCAUCGAUGGCCGCAAACUUCUUGAAUUCCUCAUGAGGACCAAUUUCACUGGUGUUUCUGGAGAGGUGGUGCUCUUUGAUGAAAAUGGGGAUUCUCCAGGAAGAUAUGAGAUCAUGAACUUCAAACAGAUGAGUGAAGAAGACUACAGCUACAUUCAUGUCGGCAGCUGGGACAACAGUGGACUAAAGAUGGACGAUGAAGAGAUCUGGGCCAACAGCAGCAUGAUCAUCCACUCAGUCUGCAGUGACCCCUGUGAAAGGGCUCAGAUUAAGGUAAUCCGUAAAGGUGAAGUUAGCUGCUGCUGGACCUGUACUCCAUGUAAAGAUAAUGAGUAUGUCUUUGAUGAGUACACCUGCCGGGCCUGUGAGCUGGGAUCCUGGCCAACAGAUGAUCUCACAGGGUGCGAGCCAAUACCAGUGCAUUAUUUACAGUGGGGAGACCCUGAACCUAUAGCGGCUGUGGUCUUUGCUUGCCUUGGUCUUCUGUCCACCAUCUUUGUGACACUGGUUUUCAUCAGGUUCCAUGAUACACCAGUUGUGAAAUCCUCCAGCAGAGAACUUUGCUUCAUCAUACUGGCUGGCAUCUGUCUGGGUUAUCUUUGCACUUUCUGCCUCAUCGCCAAGCCACAUGUAGUGUACUGCUAUCUACAGAGACUAGGUAUUGGCCUUUCCCCUGCUAUGAGCUACUCUGCUCUGGUUACCAAGACCAAUCGCAUUGCUCGCAUCUUGGCUGGCAGCAAGAAAAAAAUCUGCACCAAGAAGCCUCGCUUUAUGAGUGCCUGUGCCCAGUUGAUUAUAGCUUUCAUCCUUAUUCUCCUGCAGCUGGCCAUCAUAGUUGCACUCUUCAUUAUGGAGCCUCCUCAGGUGAUCUAUGACUACCCAUCAAUCCGUGAGGUGCACCUCAUCUGUAAUACAACAACACUAGGAGUGGUAGCACCGUUGGGCUACAAUGGGCUGCUCAUUCUCAGCUGUACCUUUUAUGCCUUCAAGACUCGUAAUGUCCCAGCCAACUUCAAUGAGGCCAAAUACAUCGCCUUCACCAUGUACACCACCUGCAUCAUCUGGCUGGCCUUUGUGCCUAUCUAUUUUGGCUCCAAUUACAAAAUAAUCACUAUGUGCUUUUCCGUCAGUCUCAGUGCGACCACCGCUUUGUGCUGCAUGUUUGUGCCAAAAGUCUAUAUCAUGCUUGCAAAGCCAGAGCGCAACGUGCGCAGUGCGUUUACCACAUCUACUGUCGUAAGGAUGCAUGUGGGUGACGGCAAGUCUGCCUCAUCAGCUAGUCGCUCCAGCAGUUUGGCUAAACUCUGGAAGCGACGUGGAUCAGGAGCAGAAAAUGUCAGUUCAAAUGGCAAGACGGUUACUUGGGCACAAAAUGAGAGAGGCUACCGGCCAAACCUGUGGAAGAGGAUCUCAAUUCAUAUCAAGAGAAAAGAAGAGGUCAAUCAAACAGCUAUAAUUAAACCUUUCUCCAAGGGCUGUGAUGCACCUUCUGACACUGGAAUUAAAAUGUCAUUUGAACGGCCACCAAGUGGCCAACGCUACCCUGUUACCUACCGUCCACGCACUCCCUCUCCACUGCCCACCGUGUGCCAGCGUGGGUCAAUGCAGCGCUGCUGUGAAGAUGAGGAAGAUGUUAGAGAACGGCCUUUGCCAGUGGCAGCACUUCCUACGUAUCUUACAGAGCGUUUACAGCAAGGUGGACCAUUGCAGACAUCCAUUAUGGACCAGAUUAGUAGUGUGGUGAACCGUUUCACUGCAAACAUCAGCGAGCUCAACAGUAUGAUGCUACCACCUGGCUCUACUUCAGGCAGUACCAUAAAUGCCUCUGGCCCCUGCUCUCCCUCCUUUAAGUUGCUUCCACGAGAGAUGCAGCGCUCGACAACAGUGACCACUUAUGCAGAGGUGGUGGCUGCAGCUAAUGCUACCCCCCGCUCAGCAGUAGGCAUUGCGGGAGGGAUAGUCACAGGUGGAAGCAGCAGGGCAUCCCCCGCUAGUCUCUCUAAUAGCACCUAUGACCCCUCUUUUGCAGUCAGGACCACGGAGUUUGAGGAACUGGCUGCUCUAACACCUCCAUCCCCAUUCAGGGACUCCUUAGUGGGCUCACCGCAUGACUCUCCAACUUGUCCAGACUCAGACCUGGCUCUGUGUGAGCGCAAUUCCCCAAAGUAUGACCGACUGAUGCUGCGCAACUACAGCCAGAGCUCCUCCUCACUAUAAUUAGCCUUCCAGAUGAUCAAAUCACAUGCUAUCAAAAAGAACCAUCAGUGGCAUGCGGGCAUUUUAAAUACUGUUAUGACAAUAUUUUCAAAUCAGGUUCUACUAUACUGUUGCGGAACUCAAGAGAACUGGAAUCAAGGCUAUACUGAGAAAAGGAUCAGGGAUAAAACAAUGCUUGAGGAAGCUCUGCAGGGAUUUAUUGAAAGUAGCUAAAUAGCUUCUUUUAGUCUGAACAGCAUGGAUGAAAAUGUUCUUUGUAAGCUUUUGAAUAAAGUGCACCAACAGAGAUGUCAAAGCAGCUUGAGGUGCACACAUGCUUUUGCUUAGGAAAGCUCAGCGAACAAAGGACUGCGAUAGUAUACUGUGCUUGACCUUAAGCCAGUGACCACAUUCCAACAGUAUAACCACAUGUGAUUAUAUUGAAAGAUUGUUAUAUUUGUUGUUUGUGUAUAACGCUGUCCUUCAGCCAAAUUUCUUGCAUACUAUAAUGCUUUAACAUAAUAUACAGUAUAUCUUGUUUUAGUUGUAUGGGAUACAUUCUGAACAAAUCUUUAAAUGGCAUUAUUUUCCAAGUGACUGUGUUUCAGUAACAAGUACUAAACAGUCUUAGUCUUGUUUAACACUUCAGAUGCAAAGAAAAUGACACGUCAUAUUUUAAAGAUGUUUAGUUGUUUUAAUUUAAUAGAAUUUUACUGUUAGGCUGGCUGUGUAAUGUGCAACAUAAAGAUAGCAAUACUUAAGGCUUAGUGAAUUAGUAGACAAGCAUUCAAGCGCACAUGCUUUGCAUCCUGUUACAAUGUUAUUUAUAGUAAUUAUGUACUUUUGAAUGUGAAUCAGUCAGAUACGUUUUCAUUUAACCCUAAUGAAUUUAACUUGUCUAUUUAUAGACAUCAUUUGGACCAAACAAAUUCUCUUUUUAAAAGAUUUUUUUUUAAUUCAAGGCAGUGCUUAAACUUUCUACUAAUGUUGUGCACUGUGCAUAUCUCUUCAGCCUACAUUGUGCAAUAUAUUUACUGAAUGGAUGUAAUGCAUGCAGAACACUGCCAACAGCUGAAUCUACAAGUGUUACCUUUUGUAUAUUUUCUAAAAGCAUUUUGCAUCUUUUGCUCUUUACCUUUACCUUUUUCAAAAAAUUGUAGAUAUUGGCUCUAAGUGUGAGGUAUUUUUCUACCCAACAUUUGUGUUGAUUUAGUAUAUUACUGUAAUAUAUUAGGCUAAUAAUUAUUAGUUUAGGCCUUGUGAUGGUGAAAUGAAUGUAUCUUGUAAAAGCUUUUAUAAUAGUUUAUCUAUGUGACAAUUAGCAAGAAGUUGAAAGUAAAAAAAAAAAGGGAAAAACAUUUUUUAUUCAGUUGCAUUUGUAUUGUG